AUGGCUACUAGAGAAUUUGAAGAUAUGCCGAGCUGUUCUCAAGUGAAGAUAAGGAAUUUCCUUAGACAUGAGUUGGAACUUGAAUCUUCGUCUUUAGCGCCGUAUUGGGAUCGAGUUGCUGUUUUGAAGUCAGAGAUUGGUAAAGCCUUCAAAGAAGAAGAGGACUUUUGGGCACAGAAGAGUCGAGAUAAAUGGUUGUUGGUUGGUGAUUACAACACAAGUUUUUUUCACGCCUCUGUUAAGUCUAGCAGACAACGGAACCAACUAUCUAAGCUUAUCAAUGAGGAUGGUAGUGAGGCUUUGACGACCUCUGAGAUGGGGAGAACUGCAACACAGUACUUUGAGAAGCUUUUCACAUCGACACAGCCUACUGAGAUCAUGGGAUUUUUCGAAGGGCUCUCAUCUAGAGUCACUACGAAUAUGAAUCAAAAACUGAUUAGAGAAGUUGGUGAUGAUGAAAUCAGAGCUGCAGUCUUCUCUAUCAAAGCGUCAAGCGCACCAGGCAAUGAUGGUAUGAAUGGGCUUUUCUUUCAAGAAUAUUGGGGCAUUGUUGGUGAGGAAGUGACGAAAGAGAUCAAGGCUUUUUUCGUUUCUGGUGGCUUUCCUUUAGAGUGGAACUUGACACAAAUCUGCCUAAUACUAAAGAUAACUAAUCCGACCUUGAUGGUGGACCUGAGGCCGAUUAGUCUCUGUUCUGUAAUGUACAAGAUUGUGGCAAAGGUCUUGGUAGCUCGUCUUAAACCUUUACUGGAACAGGUGGUUUCACCGACACAAUCUGCGUUUGUACCUGAAAGGUUAAUCUCUGACAAUAUUAUUAUUGCUCAUGAGAUGAUACAUGGAUUGAGAACUCAUGAUAGGAUCUCAAAAGAGUUUAUAGCCAUCAAGACUGAUAUGUCUACAGCGUAUGAUCGCAUUGAGUGGUCUUAUUUGGAAGGUCUGUUAACAGCAUUGGGUUUUCAUGCUCAGUUCAGAGGGUGGAUUAUGCAAUGUGUUCGGUCUGUCUCUUACACGGUUCUUAUUAAUGGAGAAGAACAGGGGAAGGUUUUGCCAAGUAGAGGUCUUAGGCAAGGGGUUCCUCUCUCCCCUUUCCUGUUUGAUCUGUGCACAGAAGGUUUAUCACAUCGCUUGAAUGAGGCUGAAAGAAGAGGAGAGAUAACGGGUAUUAGCUUCUCGGAGGAUGGGCCUGCCAUUCAUCAUUUGUUUUUUGCCGACGAUUCCUUGCUGUUACUAAGAGCGAAUGCAGAGGAGUGUACUGCUGUAUGCAAGAUCCUGAAGUGGUAUGAGGAAGUCUCUGGUCAGGUGAUAAGUUUGGCCAAAUCGGCUAUAACUUUUGGUCGACAGGUCAGUGAGGAUAUGAAAGUGAUGAUCAAAAACAUCACAGGAAUCACUAAUGAAGGAGGAACCGGAAAAUACUUGGGUUUGCUAGAAUGUUUCAGUGGCUCCAAGGUUGAUAUGCUGCAGUAUAUUCAUGAGCAGAUGACCUCUCGUUUCCAUGGAUGGUAUGCAUUCUUCUUAUCAACUGGUGGGAAAGAGGUGCUACUAAAAUCAGUUGCAAUGGCCAUGCCAGUCUAUGCGAUGUCAGUCUUCAAAUUACCCAAGUCUACUUGUAAAAGCCUAACGUGUGCAAUGGCCAAUUUUUGGUGGAAUGCACAAGAGGGGAAGAACAAAAUGCAUUGGGUCUCUUGGGACCGGAUGUGUCUUGAUAAGAAGGAUGGUGGUUUGGGUUUCAAAGAUCUAGGAAAAUUUAACCAGGCACUUUUGGCUAAACAAGGCUGGAGGUUGCUUAUGGAACCUGAGUCUCUUUGUGCACGUGUAGUGAGGAGCAGAUAUUACCCAAAUGGUGUUUUUUUAGAUGCUACAAUAGGAUAUAGGCCAUCCUAUGCUUGGAGGAGUGUUCUGUUUGGUAGAGAGUUACUGGUGAAGGGACUUCGUCACAGUGUAGGCUCGGGGGAGAAGAUGAAUGUAUGGACUGAUAAGUGGUUGUUUGUGGACCAACCCAGAGCUCCGAUGAGAAAACAAAUACUCUUCGAUCUUGACUUGAGAGUUUGUGAUCUUAUAAACCCUCAAAACAGAGCUUGGGACCGAGGAAAAUUGGAGGAGUUGUUUUUCCCGAGUGAUAUUGAGCUAAUAUUAAAGAUGAAGCCUGCAGUUGGUAUGGAAGAUUCAUAUGAAUGGGUCCAUAAUAGAUGGGGAGCUUACUCUGUCAAAUCUGGUUAUUGGCUUGCUUGUCGUCUAGAUGUAUCUGUGCUUCGUGUUUCUGCUAAGUGCAAGCCUUCUCUAAAUGAUUUGAUAAGUCAGGUAUGGAAGGUGAACACGGCUCCAAAGCUAAAGAUUUUCAUGUGGAAGGCUCUUUCAAAUGCCUUAGCCGUCACGGAUGAGUGUAGGACGAGAGGGAUGGAUGUGGAUCCUCGAUGUCAGAGGUGUGGGGAGGAAGGUGAAUCCAUUAACCAUGUACUCUUUACUUGUCCUGCAGCUCGUUUGAUAUGGGCGACAUCAGGCUUUCCUUUUCCUCCACGAGGUUUUGAAAACAGAUCUUUACAUGAGAACUUUAGCUAUUUGAUGGACAUUCGAAGAGAUAACAGAGUUCCCAAAUCUCUAAGUUGUAGCUUCCCGUGGAUUCUAUGGAUGAUAUGGAAAAAUAAAAAUGCUUUUAUGUUUGAAGGGAAAGAAUAUGAGGCAGAGGAGACUGUUGCAAAGUGUUUUGAGGAUUCAAAGCGAUGGACUGAAGCUUUGGAAAGGGAAGAGUGUGACAAAAGAAACAAAGUUAUUGGGGCUAACAGAGAUAAUAAGGUAAACGGUGACGGGGAGACGAUGCUACAUAGUAGACGUGCUUUUAAUGGAGUUGAGUCUUUGGUGGAGGCCAGACGUCUGGGGAUGAUAUGGACGAUAGAGAGUAUGACGCACCACAGACUACAGAAUGUGACUUUUGAAGUGGAGGCUUAUGAGUUGGUAGGGGUGGUGAAUAGACCAAAGGCAUGGCCUGCUUUUCGAGCAUAUGGUUUGGAGAUAAGGAAUGUCUUGAGCAUGAUUGCUGGGUGGGAGAUUUGUUCUGUCAAGAGAGAAGCAAAUAAGGCGGCUUUUUUGAUUGCAAGGAGUGUGACUAAAGAGAGAAGAUUGCAGUCAUAUGUCGCACAAGGUAGUCCUACUUGGUUGAGAAGUUUACUUGCGGAGGAAGGCACGAGGUCUGGGAGGUCGUAG